UCUGGAUGCGCCAGGGGAGGUAAUAAGAUAGUGCUUCCUGUAAAAAAAUAUGGCAUUGGUUUUCAGAAAGGUUGUUAAUAUUUUCGUUGCAGCUCCUUCAAAGCCUGUCUGCCACCGUUAUUUGUCAACCAGACUUGCAAAGGUUGGUCUUCUAGAAACUCCUAAAGAUCAUGGAAAAUCCUACGAAACUGGUCAGCUUUUUCUUCAUAAAGUUUUCGGGUAUAGAGGUAUUGUCCUGUUUCCAUGGUUAGCAAGGGUUUAUGACAGAGACACAGCUACAAAAACAGAAGAAAAAAGUGUGGAUGAACAGACAACAUCAAUUGGUAAAGAGGUGAAGGGUAAAAAUCAUCUACAUUAUCAAGUCCUCAUUGAUUCUAGAGACAGUCCACAUAUUAGAACACAAACUGAAGCUGUAACAUUUUUAAGCAAUCCAGACGAUACCCGAACUUUAUAUACUAUACCAGGUUUAGAUCAUGUUGCUCACGAAGAUAUCUUACCCUACAUGAGUGUUGAAAGAUCACCCAUAGAACAUGAUCUUUUUGAUCAAUUUUUAGUGCAUGAUCCCGAAAGCAGUACAGCGUCACCAUCUUUUAUGACAAGCAAAACAUUAAGAGUUUGGCAAGAUAAAAUUCAACCUUGGUUACAAUUAUCAGAUGUUCAUCGAGAAACAACAGAAAACAUACGAGUAACAGUCAUACCUUUCUUCAUGGGAUGUAGGGAAACAAAGAUCUACUGGUGGAGAUAUUGUGUAAGGUUAGAGAAUAUUGGAGAGGAAACAGUCCAGUUACGUGAAAGACAUUGGAGAAUAUUUUCAUUAUCUGGUACAUUAGAAACAGUGAGAGCAAGAGGAGUUGGCGGACAUGAGCCUAUUUUAUCAGCUGAACAGCCUGCAUUUCAAUACAGUAGUCACAUUGCUUUACAGGCUCCAAGUGGUCAUAUGUGGGGAACUUUUAAAAUGGAGAGGAGAGAUGGUACAUCAUUUGACUGUAAAAUUCCACCAUUUUCUUUGGAAAGUAAAUCAGAAGAAAUAAAUAAUCCAAAUGAUUUUCUCGGAAGUUAGAUUAUUUCUGUUAUAAUUCGCUGGUAUUUGUGAUAUUGUUGGAGAUUGUUAAUCACCAUAUGAUUCGACAUUGCUUAUUUAUUUAUGUCUGGUUACUUAAUACAUUAUAAUAUCUGAUAUUAUCUAACUUUAUAGAGCUCAUAAAAACAAACAACUGUUUAUUACUAGCUAAAUAGAUAAAAGUAUUGAUUGAUUCAUCAUCAACUGCUGAUUUUCAAGGAUGAAGUAAAAACCAGAAUAACAUCUUAUGAUGUGAUCGCAUUAUAUGAAACAUCCUAUAUCUCAGAUUUAGCUGCAUGGCAUAAGAUAUCUUUAACAAAAUGAUAAUAUUAAAUUUUGGCAAAUCAUACAACUAAAUCCCAAUUUAUUUUUUUUAAAUGCCUAAAUUGACUGAAUUUAAAGGAAAACCAACUGAAAUAAUGAGAAACAAACUUAAUUCAUUAUUUGUUUGUAAAUAUAUAUAUAUAUAUAUAUAUAUAUUACUAUUUUGUGAGAUUUUUCGGCUUCAAAUUUAAGAAAGGUCUUUGUUUGUUAAUUAUUGCUAAUACAUGUACAUGUUUUAUAAAGCUAUUUUCUAUUGGUUUAAUAGUAUUACAAUAUAUCCAUUUAUAAAGCUUUAAAUCCACAAAACAUGUUCAUAGCCCAUAAAACAAAAGUGUCUAAUAGUAUACUGGAAACAGAUAAGUUGUCAUGUCCGUGUUAAAUUGAUUGGGUGUUGGACAUCUGUGGAGUUUUGAACUAGUUUAUUCCACUCUGUAGAUCAAGUAAUAUGGAAAAGAGCCAUCACCAAUAAAUGACUUUAACCUCCACUGAGGAACACAAAUUUUUUUCUGAUUGAUAGUAUCUGCCUAAAUGGAACAUAAAAUUUCAAGAUAUAGCAUUUCCAUUUAGACACUUAAAGGCAAGAGACAAUAUUUUGGACUUAAUUCUUUCAAAAACAGGUCACAAGUGUAGGGUUGGCAUGCUUGUUCCUUGGACAAUUGCGCAAUGUUUUAUGGACUUUGAUUUUUGACAUGAUGGAACAAUACCAAGAUGGCUGUGAUAACGUCAUGCUCAGCUCCAGCUCCAUAGUAAGGUGGUACAUUGUUUUACACUGCAGUGGUAUGGGAGUCAGGGUUUGACCCUAGUCUCAUUUGAACAAGAAACUUUUAGUAAUUCAGAUUGAUGAUUUAUUUACCGACUGUGUCAAUUUCUCUAUAACUGUUUUUGUUCUGACUUAUUAUGGAGUGUAAAUAUUUGUUAAUGUGUUCAUAUAUUUAGUAUUUUGUAAUAUUGGAAUCUAAAAAUGCCUGGAAAAGUAAUUGUGUUUAAAUAACUCCUGGCAUAUUUGGAUAUAAGUAUGAUAAGUUAUACAUGUUUAUAAAUAUUAUUCUUGUAUAAAAAUUGUAUAUAACACUGUUAUAAAAAUACAAUGAAAGCUUUUGAAUUUCAGUGAGUAAUUUCCCUUGAUUUUUUUGUAGAAUUUUAUGAACUCCCUAGGGAAACUAUUAAAUUCAUUAUAUAUCCUUAAUGCAUUAACGAGAAGAGUACACUGUUAUGAAAUUCAAGAAUUUCUGUUAAUUUCCUUAUCCACUUUGUUGCAUCUGUUUAUUAUAACCAUGAUAUGUAGAAUUACACAUAUAAUGGAUGUUUUAUGACCCUUUUGUUGUCAUAAUGAAAAUUAUUCUGCCUCUUAUGGUAAAAUGGGGGGCAGAAUUUAUUCUGCCACUUAUUGUACAAAGAUGGGGGUCACAGUGGCUAGGUGGGUAAGACCCUGGCUUGCUAGCCUAGAGGUCGGGUCCCUGCAUUGGCCGAGAAAGGAUGCAGGACGGAGGGCCUGACAAGGACAGCUGUCUAGUUGUUCGAAUGGCGGAUGGGACGAAAAAGUGAGGUCCCAUGUACACAUUGGAAUUUGAUAUAAGAGUAGGCCACAGUGUCCCUGUCCAAGCAAAAUUUUCCCCAUAGCACACUGUAUGACGUAUGCCCGUCUUCAUUAGCCCAGCAGAACAGUAGGAUGUUAAACUUCAUUUCAUUUCUUAUUGUAAAAUUUGUUGGUUGCCGGAGAGAGAGAGAAAUGGGGUUUAACGUCCACUCGGCACAAACUAAGUCAUUUCGGGACUAACAUAUGGUUCAAUUUAUCAAAACAUGAAUUAUGAUUGUAUUUAUCCUAGAUUGGCCAUUACUUGGCGACAUACUAUAAAUUAACCAACUAGCUGGCAAUGACUAAUACUAAAUACUUGGAAUAAUGGUCAUAGUUGAUUAAUAACUUUACUGUCGAAAACCCAAGCACUGGCCUUCUUUGGGUAAGAUGUUUUGCAGUAGAACUCACUGAACUAUAGGCUAUAGUGUAUAUACCACAUGUAGUAAAACAAAUUGAAACGCGUGUGUCACAGCAAUGGUAAUUGUGUAGUUACUUUUUCUAUGCCUGGCAACCUAUCUUUUAUAUGAACUCGCAUUGUCACCUUCAGAGCAAUCGAUAUGCCAAUUACUGAACCAAUUGGCAGGGUGACACCUGACAGUAAUUUGAUUAAUCAUCACAAUACUUUGAUUAAAACUAAGCAUGCCAUUCAAGUCUGGAAUAUGAUUGACAGAAACUAGGUGGGAUAGCGGGGGUAAUCAGAAAAAUUGUCGACAGCAAUUGUGUAAGUGAGUGAAAUGCUAUGAAUCAAUCUUUAUUGGUCAAUCAAUUUCCAAUAAAUGCCAUUAUGAUCUAUUAGUUUCUUACUAUAUACUUGGUAAAAAUUGGUAGUUGAUUUCAGCACGCAAAUUUAUCGAUUUGCAUCGGACUGUACAAUUCUUACAAUAAUAAAAAAUAAAUCGCA